GGGAAGGAGGGAGGAGGGAGGAGGGAGAGUGGAAUUUGGAGGGAGGAUAAUUGACUCCAGAACGUCCGAAGCUCUGAAAAUCUUCGGGUUUUGAAGUUAGCAGACAUUGCUCUGCAAGUCCUGCGCUUCCCCUUCCCCCCUCCCUUUUUUCUGUGUCCUUGGUUUCCUUUCAUGGGUUUAAUCUCUCGUUGUAGUUCUGCCGUGCUUUGUUAAACUACAGGGAAAAAGUUUUUUCCAGAAACACAUGGCACACCGCACACGGUGUUCACAGAAGGUUUAAUGCUUGGAAAGUCAUAGGAUAGAAUUGAUUUUGACAGGAUAGGUUUCUUCUUCUUACUUUUUUUUUUGUUUGUUCGAUCGACAGCUUGACCAUUGCGGUCCAUUGUAUCGUAGCCUUUAGGAAUGUUUUAACAGGGCACAGGUUUCAAAGGAAGGCGACAUUUCUCAUUCCAAAAAUCGGGAUUGGAAGAUAUCUGCAAGAACCCAGUGCCCAUAAGGGGGAUACUCGAAGCGUGAUUUUUUGAGUUGAGAAUCCAUUGAAUUAGUUCAGGACUGGAGCGAAAUCUGCAAUUAAUUCUUGAAGUAGUGGAGUUUUCCAAGGUUUUCUCAAGAAAUUCUUUUUUAACAGGGGAUAUUCAAAGAGAAAAGGUGGAAAAGUAGAGAGAGAGAGUGUGUAUGUAUGUGUUUUUCGGGGGAGCAUGAAUGCUGUUAUCCGUAACCGUACCAGAGGUCAGAAGCAGUUAUGAUUUGAAGCAAGGUGUUGCAGAAGCUACAGAACCGAGAAUGAACGAGGAUUCGUUAAAUUAUAUAUCUCUUGAUACUAUGCAAACGAAGAGCUGAGUUAAGCUAUGCAAAGUAUUUCCUACCUGUACGAAGAUCAAAUAUUGUGGUGAAACGAUUCAACCAAGGUCUGCAACUGAAAUCCUCCCUUACAAUUGUUUUAGUUCCAUUUUUAUAUUUAUGGAAAUGGCUUGUAAUCAAUCAGAAAUGCAAGAACCGAGCAUUGAUACGGACAAGCUUAGUUAUGAGAUAUUUUCUAUCCUCGAAAGUAAAUUCCUUUUCGGCUACGACGAUCAGAAGGUCUGGAUUCCGAAACAUAUCGCUCCAGCCAACGGAACAAUAUCCGAAACUACAGCUCCGACGACCACUGACAACGGUGUUGGGGCGAUCAAGAAUCAAAGAGGCAAGGUCUGCAUUCUUAGCAUUGAUGGUGGAGGAAUGCGAGAGAUCCUCUCAGGAAAAGCCCUGUCUUACCUAGAACAAGCUCUCAAGACCAAAUCUGGAAAUCCAGACGCAAGAAUCGCCGAUUAUUUUGAUGUUGCCGCUGGAACAGGGUUCGGAGGAAUAUUCACGGCGAUGCUCUUCGGUACCAAGGGCAAUAACCAUCCCAUUUUCCAAGCGGAGGAGACGUGGAAGUUCUUGGCGGAGAAGGGAAAAUAUUUUUUCCGACCUUCCUCUGGUUCAUGCUCCGGUGGCGGUUUUUUACGGCGAAUAUCCAAGAGCGGAGCCGGUGGUUCAACCAGUUUAGCGACGGCCGGACUGGAAAGGGAGAUGAAAGAAGUAUUUACGGAUAAUGGCCGUAUUCUGACACUUAAAGACACGCUGAAGCCGGUUUUGAUACCUUGCUACGAUCUUUCGAGUUCAGCGCCGUUUCUCUUCUCCAGAGCUGACGCGCUGGAGACGGACAGCUAUGAUUUCAGGCUGUGGGAGGUAUGCCGAGCAACGUCGGCCGAGCCGGCCAUGUUCGAACCGGUAGCAAUGCGGUCAGUUGACGGCCAGACUCAGUGCGUGGCGGUCGACGGUGGGCUGGCGAUGAGCAACCCGACAGCAGCGGCGAUAACGCACGUGUUACACAACAAGCAUGAGUUCCCGUUCGUGCGAGGAGUGGAGGACUUGUUGGUGUUGUCCCUGGGGAGUGGUCAUCUGCUGGAGCGCAGCUACGAGUAUGAGCAGGUCAAAGGGUGGAAAGCAAGGGAGUGGGCGCGACCCAUGGCUCGAAUCGCCGGUGAUGGUGCCGCCGAUUUGGUCGACCACGCCGUAGCCAUGGCGUUUGGUCAAAGCCGGAGCAGCAAUUACGUCCGUAUACAGGCAAACGGGCCAAUUUUGGGUCUCUGUGGGGCAAAUGUGGAUGCUGACCCCAGUACCAAGAAUGUGAAUAUGCUGAUGGAAGCGGCAGAAGAGAUGCUUAGACAGAGGAAUGUUGAAUCCGUUCUCUUCGGGGGGAAGAGAAUCGGGGAGGACACCAAUAUGGAGAAACUUGAUUGGUUUGCUGAACAACUCGUGCUGGAGCAUCAGAGGAGGAGUUGUAGAAUUGCUCCCACCGUCGCGUUCAAACAAGCUACCCCAAAACCCACCUAAAUCCCAUUCACAUAUUAACAUAGACCCGUCAGAAUUCAGAAAGUGAAGAUUUUACGGAAGUCACAAAUCACUCCGGAGGCGGAGGAUGGUGGUGCAGAAAUCAGAAUACUGAUCCUUCAAUUCAUGUCGCAUCGUGGGAUAUUACCGUCAUUUUAAAUCAAAGAGCAAACGGCCGGUUGUUGUUGUGACCUGUGAGGCUGGGGCUGGAAAUUCCAAAUUCCUGAUGUUGUUGGCCAACCGACAGUGAGGGUGGGGAUGGUUUAGUCAUUUUUGUCAUUGAAUGCUCAUGAACGAGAAUCAACAUCAUUGUGCUGCCUGCUCACUACUGCUCAAUCCCUUCUCCCAACUUCCAAGAGUCUUCUUCUAGGUAGGGAAGAAAAAGAAAAAGGAAAGAAAACAUAGCAGCUUUUACUUUAAGAAGGGAGGAGGAGAGGUGGUCGGGGCAAUUGAGAUGUAAAGAGCAGUUGGUGAAAGAAAAAGGUCGGACACUUCAUUGGGAUCUUUUGCCAGGUAGAGAACAUGCAAUUUUGGUGUCCCCCCCACCCCCCCACAUUUUGGACGAGUCGUCUCUCCGGCGAGUGGGAGAGAGGUUUCCUGAUUCCUACUUGGUAUGUGAAAUCAAAUUACAUGCGGUUUGCACUCAAGUGGGAUUUGGGUUGGGAACUUAAAAGUUCAGCCUGUUUCCUACUACCCAUACCAACUCUACAAUGCCCCUAUAUUUUAUGUUUAUCCUACGGUUCGGGUUCGCCCUCUCAUACCCUUUUGUCCAGAAACUUGACACACUGUACGGAAGAACAGACGCAGCUCUCCUACAAGCCCAAAAAAUUUGUUUGGUUGGUAAUGGGGUGGGUAUGUAUUUUCUAUUUUCUUCUUGUAGUGGUGGUCCGGGAGGAAUGUAACGUGCAAUUUUCUUUAGCAGGCGACCAUAUCCAGAUUGUAGAGAGAAGGUACUCAAGGUCAAGGGUGGUUAAUAUUGUUGUAGCUUUUUCAGGCGUUGGUCCCGACGACUGGAGUGGAAAGAGCCUUUCUGUGUAAACUGUAAUAUUAUUAUUGUAUAAAACUAUAAAUUCCGCGGCUGCUAACCACGCAGCUCAACAAGAUUCAGUAACUGUCUUUGCAAGAUCUA